AUGGCAUCGCAGUCCGAGUCCGAGGCCAUCGAACACAUCGUCCUGUUCAAGGUGAAAGACGAGGCCGAACCAUCGAAGGUGAAGGCGUGGCUCGACGCUCUCAACGCCUUGUCCUCCCUCGACCAAGUGGCCCAGCUCACCGCCGCCCCAUUAAUCCAAACUACCACCACCUCCUCCUCCGCCACUUCGCUUAACUUCACUCACAUCCUCCACAGCCGCUACAACUCCAAGCAAGACCUCAAAGCCUACACUAUCCACCCCCGCCACGACAGCGCCGUCAAAGAUCAUGGCUUGCCCAUAGUCGAAGACAUCAUGGCCUUCGAUUGGGUCGCCCCCGAUCUUCAUCUGGCGGUCACACCCAAACCCAAACCCGGGUCCGCAAUUCGAGUCAGCUUCUUCAAACUAAAGGAAGAAGAAGAGGGCAAAAAAUCAGAGAUACUUGGGGUUUUAAAAGAAACGAAGGAUGGUUUGUUGUUGGGGCAGCAAAAAAAAAUUAGUGAGUUGAGUUAUGGAGAGAACUUUUCUCCAGAGAGAAGCAGAGGGUACUCGUUAGCUUAUCUGGCGGUUUUUCCUGGACACACAGAGUUGGAGGAUUCGAAUGAGGAAUUGGGGAAGUUGAAACACAAGUUUAAGGAUUUUGUCGAGAGUGAGGUCGUCGUCGAUUUCCUCAUCCCCUCCUCCUCCUCCUCCGUUUAA